AUGAAGCUUCUGAGCAUUUUCGCCUUAUGCAUUGCUGGCGCUGCACACGCCUUCAGCGUAGUGGAACUCACCCCGCACCACAUUGAAUCGCCAGUGUUAGCCAAUAUCGUUGAAUCAACUAAUAAUAUCGAACCGAAUGGACGGAUUACUAAUGGGGAAAAGGCUACUGCUGGUCAAUUUCCCUACCAAGUUGGUCUUCUACUGAAAUCGAAUGCUGUCUCCUCGGCCUGGUGUGGUGGUUCUUUGAUUUCGAACACGUACGUCUUGACAGCUGCGCACUGCAUUGACAGUAUCCCUGAAAUUACAGUUUAUUUGGGCGCUACUGAACGCACAUCUCCCGAAUUUACACACACAGUUACCAAAGCCGAUGUUAUCAUUCAUUCUAGCUGGAACAGAAGAACCCUGAGAAAUGACAUUUCACUCAUCAAAAUCCCAUAUACACCUUAUACAAGUAAAAUUAGUGCAGUCCAGCUACCCUCCAUCGCCAAUUCCUACUCAACCUAUAUUGGUGAGCGAGUUGUUGCAUCUGGUUGGGGUCGCACUUCUGAUUCUAGCAACUCAGUCACCAAACAUUUGAUGUUUGCCACCUUAGAAGUCUUUUCGAAUUCAUUGUGCGCUAAGUCCUAUGGAAGUUCCUUUGUGCGAUCGUCCAUCAUUUGUGUUGCGACGCCUAGUGGUCAGUCCACCUGCAACGGUGAUUCUGGUGGUCCAUUAGUAUUGGAAUCGUCUAUGAUUCAAGUUGGUUUAACCUCGUUCGGGGCAAGCAUUGGCUGCGAGUUGGGCUAUCCAAUCACAUUCACUCGUUUGACCAAGUACUUAAAAUGGAUCAAGGAACAUACAGGAGUUUCAUACUAA